GUCAUUGGUAGAACUUAUAACUCUCUCUAGUCUUCAACCUCGCAGAUGCGUGUAGGCGUUCAUCUGGUAUGAUCACAUCGUAUGUUUCGAUCUGUCUUGUUGAGGGCUUUCUCCUACACCAAUCCCAAAACCAUAGCAGCCCUAUCCAUUCCCACCACCACCACAACAACAACAACAGCAACAACAAAAAUGCGCACUCGAUCAAGUUCCAAGACAGCCACUGCCACUUCCAUUGUGUCUAAAAGGAAGUACAGCGACCCUGAUGACACUUCCAAUGAAUUGAAAGUCAAGGUCAAACGCAAAGCGCCUCAAAAGCCCUCAUCAACGACAAGAAAGACAGGCAGUAAGGAGGCCCCCAAAUCCAGGAAAGAUGAGAAGGGUGAAAAGACGAACGGUAUAGAGAAAGGAUCUGCCGAGGAUCACAGCACCAGCUCACCACCGUCGACCCAAAAGCUCUCGGAGAAGAAGUUUGCCGCCUGGUCUCAACAUGCCAAGUCUUCCCCAUACCCCGACUUCGUUCGUCCAACCCGAGAUGAGUGUCAAGUCGCCUACGACAUCCUAGAAGAGCUUCAUGGUGAUGUGAUUCGGGAAGUCUUUGCCGAUCCAGAUGCCCCAGCUCAGGAGUACCCAUAUGUGAUGGAUGCUCUGGUCGUAGCCGCCCUCAGUCAGGCGACCAGGUGGAACAAUGCCAAGCGCGCAAUGAAGAAUAUGAAGGUUGUCUAUGGAUCAACAUUCAACUACGAGGCAAUUGUGGAAGGUGGUAUGGAGAAGCUGGUGGAUGCGCUGCGACCUGGUGGAAUGCAGAACCGCAAGGCCAAGAUUCUCAUGCAGUUACUCAACGAUAUCAGGGAUCGCCAUGGGAAGUGGGACCUUCAGCACCUCUUCAACGCCAGUGAUGAAGAUGUUGUCAAGGAGGUGAUUAGCUACUGGGGUCUUGGACCAAAGUGCGCUUUCUGCUUGAUGAGUAUCUGCUUGAACAGAGAUGCAUUUGCGGUGGACACCCAUAUCCAUCGUAUUACAGGCCUCUGGGGUUGGAGACCGCGCGAUGCGUCCAAGGAGUUGGCACAGGCCCAUCUGGAUGCCCGCAUACCAAACGAGUUGAAGUUUGGGUUACACUACCAGUUUAUCGUCCAUGGCCAGAAGUGCCCGGUUUGCCGCGGCAACGGAGAUAGUAACGCUGUGUGCGUGUACAGGACCGCGCUGCGUGAACGCGAAGGGGUUAAUGGAGGUUCCGGUCGCAAGCGAUAGUUUGCCGUAGCUACUUUCCAUGCAUUCUUCUCUUCACAAUGCCAACAUAAUGUUUAACUCCGUUUAACAUCGGAUCUAAGAACUAUCACAACUGAUAACUCGGGAGAUCAACACGGCAGGAUCAAAUAAGAGGCGGCUCAUACGGAAUGUAACCAACCUCUGCUGCAUCAGACGAGCUCAGUGCCACCUACAGGUCUGAAUCAGGACGAAUGCCCUUUCGCUGUUACACUACAUGGGCCGAUGACUCGAAACACAAGACGGACUUCGGGACAGGUUAGCAGCCCGCGGUAGUCCCGAGUAAGGAAAAAGCAACUCGGUAAGACAUUUCCAUUCAAAGACAAGCAGAGACUGGAUGGAAAAGGGACCGCCCCACAAAAUGGUCCUAUAGCACUGUGAGGGCCGUGAAUGGUGUCGAGGC